AUUGCCAACUUCAUCUUUCUGCCAUAACUGUCGAAUGAACCAACGCAAGAUUAUCAAGUCCUCGAAAGGACUCUUGACUCUUGACCUCUAAGAUCAAACUGCUGUACAUUCAAAGAGCCUUGCAACUGAAAACUGACCUUUGCCGUCAUAUCUAUAUCACGAUUCAACGUCCAAAUGACCGUUUAAACGCGUAUUUUUUGAUUGCGUAUCCUUGAAAUCUGUGCGCUCGAGUUCUAGGUCAUUGUAAAAGGCUAAUAACCUCGUCAAGGUCACCACCUUUUGAUUCUACAAUUUUGGUUAUCGUUACUCUGCAUACUUCUGGAGUUCUUUCCCAUCUUCUUAGCAUCGCUGUUUCUGAUUGUCCCUGGUCUUGGUUUCAAAUGCUGAGAUCUUCGCCAGUUCUCAGUAAUCGCAGAUUGAUUGGCUUCAAUGUGCUCGAAUAUACUUUUUCCAAUUCUAUACCCCCACCAGAACAUGAACACGAAAUUCGGGAGCUCAUCACUCAAAAGUUCAAGGAGAUCACGCAUAUUCAGAACGAAAAAUCCAUACUUCUAGAGAGAAUAGAACGACUGGACCGAUCUCAGCAAACGUUUUCGAACGAACUCGCCAAAUAUCGAGGUACCGUUUCGGCUCUGAAGAAACUACCUCCGAACGUUCUUGCUAGGGUGUUUUUUCACGUCACCUUACUGUCGGAUUCAAACUCUCGGAUCAAAACCUCGUUGACAUUGUCUCAUGUAUCGAGAAGGUGGAGAGACGCAGCAUUAUCCCUCCCAGAGUUAUGGACGACUCUUUUCAUCAAUGUGACGAGCUUCAAGGAUCAAUCACAUCCGCUCGUCAAACAAUUUCUUGAACGAUCCAAAACCGCCCCCCUCUCCCUCACUUUGACAAUCAAUCCAACACGCACGGGAAAUCCAUGCUACCAUCUCAUCCGUGAUGUUAUAUUCUCCUUAUUGAAGGAAACUCUCAAUCCUGUUUUUCAUCGAGUCCGUUCCCUCACCUUCAAAUGCCAGAUUGAUUUGGGUACCCAACUCGACUCGGAAACUCCCAUUCAAAUUGAUGUCCUCUCUGCUCCUUCUGCUCCCAUCCUUGAAACUCUACAUCUCCUGGUCAACCCUCACAUGUACCCUUUUUUAACCACCUGGAUGCGGACACUUAUCACCAAUGCGCCACGCCUACGGCACCUAUCGUGCCGUUUCCCUAUCAUGGUGUUAAAAAACGUCGCCUGGUGUAACGUCGAGUCGCUAAACCUGCUCGAAGCGUCCAGCGUCUGGCGUUUCUCUUCUCAGGAAAUCGCCUCUAUUCUCUCUGCAGCUCCGCUGCUACGAGAGUGCACUGUCGAGUUGCGUCGUUGCGAGGCGACUAACACAUCUUUGACCCCAUUCCUUCACAAUGCGCUGCGAAUUCUAUCCGUCCGUGAAAACACCGAUGGCCGCCUCGGUGACCUUCUGGACAAGCUUACCUGCCCCAAACUUACAAGCCUGUUGAUAUAUCGAGACGGAAUCAGGUUUCGAGACUGGCCAGACCUCUCAAUCAGAAGUUUCCUUGAACGUUCUCGCUGCAAUCUUAAACGCCUCAGGCUUCCGAAUAUCUCCAUACCUGCUAACCUCCUGAAAUCACUUCUUGCCAUGGACGCCGUCCGGAACUCAUUGGAAGACCUGACGCUCCAGAAAAUAUCUAGCAUCGCAAACUUUGUCAUAGAAGACAUACUUAAAUAUCUCACCAUCUCAUCGGAAACCGUCCAUCUUCUUCCGCUACCAAACUUGCGGAGUAUAACAUGCGCCAUUGAAGCUAUCUCACACUCUCAUCUCUUCCGCCUUUUUGUCGAUAGUCGUUUCGGUCCCGGGAGAUCACGUCAAGUGGCGAGUUUGCAGCGAAUUUGCUUGACCAUUUCUUCCCCUCAAUAUACUUCUGGCGCAGUCGUUGAAACACCGGACUUGAUGGCUUACCUAGCAGAUAUCGGGAGAGAAAUUGAUGUGAGGGUUACAUCGCACAGAACUUUAGUUGCAAUAAUGAACCCGGAUCAAUCGUCAUCUUUCCCACCUCCGUCUUCAAGUCCUUUUGCAAGGGAUGUUGAAGAUGUCGCCGUUGUUGAAAGUAGCGGCAAUGAAUACGAGGAUCUCACGCCUCAAACUCUGUCUCCGAGCGGACUCGAGGGUGAGCAAGGGAACUUUGAAUUGAUCUAUCCUGAUGAACUUGAACAACUCGACAUCGAACGAACUCUACCUCCUGAAACGUCACUCAUCGACUCCAAGGCAAAUAGUUUCAAUUCUCCACUCGUUCCAGACCAUGACCCUACUCAGGCUAGAACCUCCGCACCAAACAACGACGUAAGCUCAGAACAACCACCUCCACCUCCACCACAACCUCCUAUAGAUGUCGAAGACACUACCACAUCCCCUAUCACACCCCGAUCCAAAAGACGACGAAUCAUCUCAGAAAAAGCAAAGAUGGCCUCACUCUCAUGUGCCGCUAAAGGAUGUGCGGAUAUCCUAACCGGUUCUAGCACCACUCUCACCUGCUCUGCCAGUGGUUGUGAUAACAGAUACCAUUUGGGAUGUCAAGGCAUGACAACACGACCCGUAGGAAAAUGGUUCUGUGAUUCCGUAUGUCGGCUUCGAAGUAGUGCUAUUAGAACGAAGCGGUCCAGCCCAAGGAAGCGACCACGGGCUUCAAACUGAUUAUUUUUGCUUGUUACUGCGUUUUGUAUGCUCUUGCUCUUCUUGCUCUUACAUCACCUGUAACUUGAACUCUUUACCUUAGCUGUGAUAGUCCGAGUAAAAUCGCGC